AUGCGUUUCGUACAUCAAUCCUCAUCACCAGAGUUGAGUCUUCUUUUUACAGACUUCAUGGUGAUCAUCAACCUGUCGGUGUACCCGAUCCGCAGCACGCGCCUCACCUCGCCCUGCGAGGACGGCUACAUGUACGUGCCGGUGGCGUUCCUCGCCAUGCUCUACCUGCUCUACCUGGUGGAGUGCUGGCACUGCACGGCCGGCGGCGGCGCGGGAGCGGCGCUGGGGUGGGGCGGCGCGGGCGGCGGCGGCGGCGGCGGCGGCGGGCCGGGCGACGGCGUCGUGGACCGCGCCUGCCUGCUGCAGCGGGUGCAGGAGAUGCGCGAGGCGCAGCCGCACGUCUGGUGGAAGGCGGUGUGCUACCACUACGUGCGGCGCAAGCGGCAGGUGACGCGCUACCGCCACGGCGACGCCUACACGUCCACGCAGGUGUUCUACGAGCGCGUCAACAGCCACGCGGCGGGCUCCUUCUUCAUGUACGCCUUCUGCGGCGUGCGCGACGCCUCCCCGCGCCUCGUGCUCGACAAGGCCGGCCCCAUCACCAAGGUGCGCUUCUCCAAAGGUGAGCCAUCGCCAAGGUGCGCUUCUCACCGUCACCAAGGUCCGCUUCUCACCAUCACCAAGGUGCGCUUCUUCAAAACUGAGUUAUGA